GUCCUAACCCAUCACACACCUAAAAGGACACAAAACUGUCAACAAGCCCACCCACCAGUCUCCUCCCUCCCUCCCUCCAUUCGUCUCCUUCUCUCCUCCUUCGAUGAACGACAAGCAAAGCAACCAUUUUUAGCCAUCUUGCCGGACGCGACUUUCGCGUUGAAUUCCCCGUUCUGCCCCUCCUAUCACCCUCCUCAAAUAACACCCAGCUCUGUUUUGAUGCUCUCUUCCCCCAAUUUGGCUCCUUCUCGUUUUCCCCAAAUCCCUUGUCCUUCCCCAUCCCCGUUCGAUUAGAUUCAAUUCUGGCGAUUGUGCCAUCCUAGGGGUUCCGUCUCUCCUUCUCAGUUUCUUUUUCUAUUGGUUUUCUUCUGGGUUCUGAAGUUUGAUGCUUGGUUGAUUUGUGUAGUGGGAAAGAUUGGAUUUUUAUUGGGAUUUUCCAUCAACAAGGACUCUGCAUCUCUCUGAAUACAGGACAAGGUCAACUUAUUGUUGGUUGGGGUGGUGUGGGUUUGAGCCUGCAUUAGUGGAUAUAUAAAAACUGGAGUCAUCGCUAUGCUGUGUUUGAAUCGUGAUGGUUUCAAUAUUGCGAGCUAUUUCUUUCAUUUGGCUGAGUGGCAUCCACUUGAAUAGCAGAGCUGAAUUGGGCCUGAAGCCCUCUCCCCUCCCUCUGUAAAAUCAGGUUUUGGAAAAAAAUUUGUUUUGGUUGGGAGCUAUAGUAACUACUUCACACAUCAAGUUUCUAAUGAUCCAUAAGAGUGUCUGUAUUGCUAGAAUGAUGGGAUGCUGCAGUUGCUUUGGUUUCUCUAUUGCUAGAAAGCCCAAACCGAAAAGGAAGCCUAGUUAUAGCUAUAGUAGUCACCCUUCACAGGAGCAUUUGUUGGAUGAUGAUUUAGAAGAUGAUUAUGAUUGUUCAUAUAAUGAUGAUGCUACAAGUAUGGGCAAUGCUGAAGAAAGUGAGCAGCAAAGUCGUGCCAAACGUCCUGAUGAGAUACUAAGUUUCAGAGAACAGAAUGGAAUGAUUUGCAGGCAGUACCCUGUGAAGGAAACCCACAAAGUUGUUCGCACAGAGGAUGAUGAUGGGAAUAAGAUGGUCAAUGAGUAUGUUCGAGAGUGUAAGAUUGGUUCUGGCAGUUAUGGGAAAGUGGUUUUGUAUCGAAGCCUUGUAGAUGGAAAGCAUUAUGCACUAAAGGCGUUUCAUAAAUCUCAUUUAUUAAAACUCCGGGUUGCACCUUCGGAGACAGCUAUGACAGACGUUCUUCGUGAGGUUCUUAUUAUGAAAAUGUUGGAACAUCCUAACAUAGUUAAUCUCAUUGAGGUGAUUGACGACCCAGACACAGACCAUUUCUACAUGGUUCUUGAAUAUGUGGAAGGCAAAUGGGUCUGUGAGGGUUCUGGUCCACCAGGCGGCCUAGGAGAAUCUACUGCAAGAAAGUACCUGCGGGACAUAGUUCGAGGGCUAAUGUACCUCCAUGAUCAUAACAUAGUACAUGGUGAUAUCAAACCUGAUAAUCUGCUGGUUAGUAGUAAUGGUACGGUGAAGAUUGGGGAUUUUAGCGUCAGCCAAGUUUUUGAGGAUGAUAAUGACGAGCUGCGCCGAUCUCCAGGGACUCCUGUUUUCACUGCACCUGAAUGUUGUUUAGGCCUAACCUAUCAUGGUAAAGCUGCUGACACAUGGGCAGUGGGGGUUACUUUGUACUGUAUGGUAUUGGGACAAUACCCAUUCCUUGGAGAUACUCUGCAGGAUACAUAUGACAAGAUUGUUAAUAACCCUUUAGUACUUCCAGAGAAUAUGACCCCACAGUUGAAGAAUUUACUCGAAGGGCUUCUGUGCAAAGACCCUGCAAUGAGGAUGACUUUGGAGGAAGUUGCAGAGCAUAGUUGGGUUGUUGGAAAUGAUGGGAGAAUGCCUCAUUAUUUAUGCUGGUGCAAGCGGCGUCGCAAGAGUCUGAGUAUUAGAGAGGAAUUUAAUGGGACAAAAGAUGACUGUAGCAUAACCCACACUGACUAGACUUUUUAGGGAGUUGAUUUAUGUAUAGCAAAAAAGUUAGGUUUUGUUGUUUUGUCUUUUCCUUCUCUUUUGACUUGCAAUCUUAUCUGCAGUGGUUAAUCAUGGCGAAAACUAGCCUUAGAGGAACUUUGGUUUGCAACCUACCUUGGCCGGAGAAGGAAGUUGAGGUUCUGGCUUUCCAAUUUUGGUUUUAGAGUUGCCAAAAUUGUUUAUUUAUUUGUUUGCUUUUGGAAUUCUCUUGUUUGAUUUGAUGAGAAAAUAUGUGUUCAACUUGCUUAUCA